CGUCAGCAACCAAAUAACACAACGAUGAUGAAGCUGCUGUCAGUGUUGCUGGUGUUGGUGGGCACCCUUGCCCUUGUGCACGGCUUCAGCGUGCCCCUUGAGAGCAUCACGAAGGCGUCUCCUUUGUCCAAGGAGGAGAUGAACACUCUCAUGACAGUGCGCAUGCCAUUCGUUUUGGCCUUCCACGACGGUGAGGACAACUUGGACGAGGACAUCAUCAGUGAAUAUGCGCAGCAGCUCGAUGGCCUCGGGCGCUUCGCCACCGUGGACGUGUCAAACCCAAAGUACGCCGACUUCCUCAAGACCCUGGAUGUGUCUACUGCUGACCACCCCUCCUUCCGCGUGUACGGGUUUUCAGCGCCAAAGACCGACUUCCUCGACACUGAGAACUUUGAGGAGGUCGUUCCCUACGUCCGCGACUCGCUGCCCGACGACCUCAUCACGACCGUGCCUGAUCCCAGCGUGUUCCAGCAGAUGCUGGUGGAGGAUCUCCAGCAGAAGAAGCUCCCAGUCUUCAUCCUCACAAACAAGGAUGGUGUCCCUGACAUGGUGACAAAGCUUGGCAUCUGGCUCGGGCGCACCUUCGGCUUCCACAUGUUCAUCAAGCCAGACCCAAACACGAUGCAGUCGCUAGGCCUGACCAAGCUGCCCACCAUCGUUGUGAUGGCGCCCACCAAAGCCGAGGGCGACUCGCUCGCUUUUGCACCGCAGCCAUACGACCGCACCCGCUUCGGAGGCCUGAAGUUCCUGAACGUCGUACACUAUCUGUUGUCCAUUCAGAAUGCCCUUGCCCGCGAUGGUGUUCUGGAGGAAGUGUUUGCGGCGUUUGGCGCAGACAAACAGGCCGAGGAGCCCUUCACGAGCAGCAGCAGCAGUAGUAAUGAUGUGGAGCGAGAGGACGUGUUUGAGGUGACAGCAGAGACGCCGGACUUUUGCAGCGAGAAUCAGCUCGGGCUGUGCAUCAUUGCGUUUCUGGAUGGGUCCCCGGCCAACCAGGACAAGGACACGCAAAUCGACGUCCUAAAGCAGGUGCAGAGCGACCCUGCAAACAAAGGCCGCAUCCUGCGCUUCAUGUGGGUUGACCAGGUCUGCCGCCCCGACCUUGGCCAGGCCUUUGGAGUCGACAUUGACAAGGUGCCCACCGUCAUCGCUGUCAGCCCAAAGCGGCAGAAGUUUGCGCUUCAGCUUGGCGCAUUCUCCCCGAAAUCCAUCUCCGAAUUCAUCACGGGCGUGCUGACGGGACGUGUGAGCAUCCAGCCCUUCUCUCAGAUGCCGUCUGUGGGCGCGGACGACGACUGCACUGCGGCGCACGCGGCGUUUGCUCUUCCGGUCGAGGAGGAGGACGACAUUGACCUCGACGAUAUCAUGGCUGAGAUCCUCGAGGAAGAGGAGCGCAAGGGUGCGGAGGAGGAUGAUGCCGCUGCGGAUAUGGCGGCGCAGGCCGAUGCCAUUCGCGCUCGCGAGGAAGAGGCCGAGCUCGAGCACAAGCGCAAGCUCGCACAACUGGAGAUUGAACGCCUCAACCGCGCGUCAAACUGUAGUUGUUGUGUGUGUGUGUAG